GAGAAAAUUAAUCGUCAAUUAAUUUGCAAUUUUAGUGGCAAGAAUUAACGCGAUGCAAAGUUUGCAAACGACGUCGUAAUUUGCGCAACUCUGAGUUGAGGAAUGUUCAGAACUCAGAAGGGGUGAAGGGGAAAGGGGGACGCCACAGCGAAGGAGAGAGAGAGAGAGAGAGAGAGAGAGCCAAAAUGAUUCGGGCGGUGAUAGUGAUGAACACCCAGGGCAAGCCUCGCCUUUCCAAAUUUUACGAUUUUCUGCCUGUGGAGAAGCAGCAGGAGCUUAUUCGUGGCGUCUAUGGAGUCUUAUCGAGUAGAGCUGACAGCGUGAGCAAUUUCAUGGCGGCUGAUUCAAUCUUCGGUCCGGAUACUCGGCUUGUUUACAAGCACUAUGCAACUUUGUACUUCGUCUUUGUGUUUGAUAGUUCUGAAAACGAGCUAGCCAUGCUUGAUCUGAUACAAGUUUUCGUGGAAACAUUGGACAAAUGCUUCAAAAAUGUAUGCGAGCUUGACAUAGUAUUCAAUUUUAGCAAGAUGCAUACCAUAUUAGAUGAAAUAAUUUUUGGAGGUCAGGUGCUGGAAACAAGUUCAACAGAAGUAAUAAAAGCUGUUGAAGAGAUUUCAAGAUUAGAGGCUGCCUCAAAUUCUCUCUCACUUCUUCCCAAGUCUGUGUCUAGCUGGCGGAGUUGAUUAAUCUGCUGUUACUUCGAAUGCUUGUCUGGUUAUAAUUUGACUUUGAUACCGGCCCAAGCAUGCAUUUUAUAUCUUUCCAGAUGCCUUGUUAAAAUGUUGGCUUCUUGGUGAUCCACGGCUCAAAGAUUGUGAAAAAUCAAGCUCCCUCAACAUGUAAUGGUGACCUGGGUGUGUUAUCAAUUAAAUAUACUUUUUAUUUGGAA